AUGGUGGUGAAGAGAGAUCCUUUGAAAAUUUUAAUUUGUGGCGCUGGCAUAGGCGGAUUAUCGGCUGCAAUAACUUUUAGACUCCAAGGUCAUGACGUUGAAAUGUUUGAACAGUCCCGAUUUGCUUGCGAAAUUGGUGCCGCUAUUCAUUUACCCCCAAAUGCCUACGGUAUGUUAAAGCACUUGGAUGUCCCAAUAAAACAACUUGGAGGAAACCUUUGUGAAUAUAUAACCGAACUCGAUCCACAAGGAGAAGUUUUGAUGCAAGUGAGCACUAGCAAAUUGUUGAAAGAAUAUCCAUAUCCAUGGCAUCUAGUGCACAGAGCUGAUCUUCACUCUGCUUUGAAAACUAAGGCAACCUCGGAAGACGGCAUUGGAAAACCUGUUAAGAUCAACCUUUCUUCCAAAGUGGAGAAAGUUGAUAGCGAAGAAGGUCUCGUGAUUUUGGAGUCCGGAAAAGUUUUCAAGGGUGAUUUGGUUGUGGGUGCUGAUGGCAUUCAUUCUCUUAUACGUGAUAUUGUCACUGGAACUAGUAAUCCUGCUACCGCGUCUGGUUUUAGUGCUUUUAGAUUCUUGAUUCCUCGGGAAACCGCCAAGGCAAUAAAAGGUUUCGAAAACUUUUUAAAACAUGACGGUAAUGUUCAAAUUUGGCUCGGAGAAGAUAGAAGAAUUGUGAUAUACCCUUGCAGAAAUAAUACUACCUUGAACUUCGUGUGUAUUCAUCCUGAUUCCGCAAAUUCGGGAUCUGCAGAAGGGUGGGCUAAUCUGGGUACAAAGGAAGAUUUGCUUUCUUGUUAUAAGGAUUUCUUUCCUCCUCUUGUUGAAUUGUUAGGCCAUGCUACCGAUAUAAAGCUUUGGAAACUACUUGAACGGCCAACCAUAACAAGUUGGACCAAGGGAAGAGUUGCUUUGCUAGGGGAUGCAGCGCAUUCCUUUUUGCCCCAUCAAGGACAAGGUGGAGCCCAGGCUAUAGAGGAUGGGGUCGCAUUGGGAACUGUAUUUCCUUUGGGAAUUCCUCCUGAAGACAUUAAGGAACACUUGAAAAUAUACGAAGAAGCAAGGGUAAGCAGAGCAACGACAAUUCAACAAUUCACUAGGGUGCAAGCUCUUAUGCCAAAGGAUGGCAAGCAGUUAAAUUCCACUCAAUUUUCACAUUUCAAUUGGAGCCAUGACGCUUACUUUCACUCUCGUAAGUUGUUAGCGAGAUUUCUUGAGAAUAAGGUUUUCAAAAGGAUGCCUAUUGGCUGGGGUCCAUUGCAAGGCCCAAGACAAGACUAUUUAGGAAAACCUAUUGAUGGAAGUGGCUCUUUCCUAAGAACAGGAGCUAUCAGAAUCAAGACAACUAAAUCUUAUCUAGAGCAUUUGCUUCCUAAUGAUAAAUUUUCCAUUGACGUACCAGGAGAAAUCGCUUAUAUUACUUUUAGUAAUACCUGGACCGAUAACAUCGAAUGGCUCAGUGGGCAUGAUUACUCCCAUUUUGACUUUUAUUUAGAGAACGUUGUAUACACUAGCGACUCGGGUAAGAAGACUUGCGGAAGAUUUUUACCAUUAUUAUUAGAGGGUAGAACAGAACCAACAUUGAGCGGAAGGGAAGAACUUGGAAUGCCAAAAAUCUUUACCUCCUUGACUGAGUCUUUUGAUAUGGAGAAUGGCUACACUUUAAGUGCCUCCUGGGAGGGAUCAACUUUUCUAGAAAUGAAAAUUAAACUGCCAAAGAAGGUAUUGGAUCCACCAAAGAAACCAAAUCUACAGGGAACGAUGGAGUGGAGAUGCAUCCCCAGGCCUGGGGGUAAAGGAAAAACAGAUGCUGAGUAUGCGACAUAUACUCCUGAGCCGGUGGGUGGAGCUGAAUUUAUCUUGAAAGAAGAGUAUGAAGGAAUUCCCGAUUUAUCAUUUCUAGUAGAAAAUAUCACACCUGAAAAGCUUCCAUGUCACUACAAUGUGGCCAGAAGACUAAGCGAAAUUCCAAUCCUUGAAUUACAGAGAGGAAAAGUGUUGAUUGGUUCUGGGCUACCAGACCUCUCCAACCAAUGUGUUUUAGGUCUAUAG